AUGAAUCACGGUGGCCACGGCGACAUGGAUAUGGGCAAUGACCAGUGCAGCAUGAACAUGCUGUUUACGUGGUCUACGAAAAAUCUAUGCCUGGUGUUCCGUCAAUGGCGGAUUACAGGGCCUAUCUCGCUGUUGUUGUCUCUCGUUGCAGUCAUCCUGUUGACUGCUGGCUACGAAGCUGUGCGAGAAAUGACGAGGCGAUAUGAGACAAAGGGCGCGAGAGCAUUCGUUUCAGGCCCAACUUCCGCAAGGAACAUCAACAACGAACAUAUUGCCCGGCGCAAUAAAAUUGUUCUUGCUGUACUCUAUGGUAUUCAGGUAUUCUACAGCUUCUUCAUCAUGCUUCUUUUUAUGACGUAUAACGGCUGGGUUAUGAUCGCUGUUGGUAUUGGUGCUGCCCUAGGAUAUCUGACUUUUGGUGCCGGCUCUGCGGCAAAAUCCGCUUCCUGCCACUAA